AUGGAGAUUGCAAAAUCUUUGACAAGGGGGACACGUGAGCACGGGUAUGCAGUGCUUGAUGCGUACCGUUAUAUGCUUCGUUCCGCAAAUCCAGGAAGUAAGACGGCAUUGAAGGUUGAUGCUAAUGGGAAGUUCAAGUACUUUUUUGUAGCCUACAAGGCUUGGAUGCUUGGUUUUGCGCAAAUGAGAAAAGUCAUAGCUGUCGAUGGGACAUUCUUGAAGAGCAAGUACGAAGGAGUGUUGUUGUCUGCCGUGGCGCAAGAUGCGGAGAAUCAUGUUUUUCCUGUGGCAUUUUGUGUAGUGGACAAGGAGUGUGAUGCCUCGUACAAAUAUUUUUUUGAACAAAUGAGAAGCUUUGUAGAUGAUACCAAAGAGUUGUGCAUAAUUUACGAUAGGCAUCAAGUAUCAAAAAGGCGGUUUCAAUUGUCUUCCUUUAUCUCAUUAUGGUUGUUGCAUGAAGCACUUGGGGAAAAUCUCCGAACCACCUUUCACAAUACGAAGGUCGUAUCUCAGUUUUAUAAAGCAGCAAAAUCGUACAAUAUAGAUGAGUUCAAUGACCAUUUCAAUCAAAUAAGAGAUACCGUGCCUGGGGCCGCCGAACAUCUUGAACGUGUUGGAUUCCACAGAUGGAGCAGGGAUUACGUUAUUGUUUAUUUUCACAAGUAUAAUCUUAUGACGUCAAACAUUGCUGAGUCGGCGAACUCAAUGUUCAAUGUUGAAAGAGAAUUUCCCAUUACUGUUUUAUUUGAUGCCAUAAACAGGAGAUUUGCAGAAAAAUUUCAUGAGAGGCAUAUGGAGCUCAUCGACUCACCAAACAUCUUUGUUCCUUCAAUUGAAAAAAAAAAUUCAAAAUUUGUCAACUUGGGGAACAAGUUAUUAGCCCAUCAAAUUGCCAACUACAAGUUCAGCGUCAUCGGUCACGGUGCAGUUGCGACAAUCGAUCUGCAAAGUAGAUCUUGUACUUGUAGAGUUUUUGACCCGGACAAAAUACCUUGUCCACAUGCAAUGGCAGCGCUUCGUGUCCAAUAUGGUGACGACUUUGGAAGGCGGAUUUAUGACUACUCAUCUUCAUAUUAUAAGGUGGAGAAUUACAUAAUUGCAUAUUGUGAGAAAAUUUGUCCUGUGCCUUCGAAGAAUCUUGGGAAGUUCCUUUGGAGAUUUUAG